UCUCAGGUUAGGUUACGUUGGGAGCCGAAUUGAAAGUAAUAUUAAAUAAACUGCUUGCUCUUGGAUUCGAAUGUCUCGAUGUCUCCAUUUCUCUGAAUGACUCGAGAGCGAUGAGAGGCAGCCAGCUAUACGUACAUUCGUCAGUUUUCGCUGUCAUUAGUAGUGAAAAAAAAAUGUAGUCUUCAAUGAGUCUCGUAUGAUGCCGCCAGAGCUGUCGGAGUCUUCCCAUUCGACCACUUGUCUUUUCUAAUUUUAAACGGACACGUGUGUCGCGGAGCAUCGUGGAGCCGUCGAGACACGGAGGUGACGGGAGGAUCGGGUGUUGAACCCUCGCGGCCGUUUUCCACGUCCCUGUCCCAAGUCCCAGGUCGAGGUGAAAGCGCACAAAAGCGUCGCUGGUGGGCGGCGUCACGCUAUGAGAAGCGAUCUCCUCUAGCCGAGAGAAAGGAUGGAGUCGUUGGUCGCGCAGUAUAAUCGGCUCGAGGAUAACGUAUUGCGAAAUGUCAAACGCAACGGCAUACGGCACCGGGCAAACGCGAGCAGCGGACUAUGGCUGGGCGCUUUGGUCGGCCUGAGUGCCGCGGUGACGAUAUCGAGAGAAGAGAGCAGUUACUCCGAGAUAUGCCUGUUUGUGGGAACCACGGGCUUCGGGCUGAUUCUCUGCUCGCUAUGCCUUUACGCGCGGCUCUCGAUGAAGCAGAUCGUAGCGAAGGACUUCCACGCCAUAUACUUUGUACCUGCGAUCAUAACGUCCGUGCUGUUUCUACUCGCCGCUAACAAAGGGCUGUUGACGAGCGUCGCGUGGGGCCUGACCGUCGCAAGUUUGGGCACAUGGGGCGUCGUACAACUAAUGUCGGCUUUCCCAGGCUGCUUUACGGUAGGCGAGGCAACGGUGGUUACGCACAGUUUUAUCUUGUUCCUGAUGUCGGCCGUCACCAACUUGCCCCUGCGAUAUCAUUUGCCGCCGAUUCACGACGGUGACAUAAGCACGGUUGUGCUGCAGGUUGCGAUAUUGUACGUAGUAUCGGUAUGCUUCCUGUGUGGAUAUUUCCCCGUCCUCCGUAGCACAGCGUACUUUUAUCUAACGAUAAUCAGCCUCUUAUGCUUGGUAACUCUUCCGACACUUUACAUUAUUCUCGAUCAAAAUCCAAUAGUAUGGGCAGUUUCUUUCGCUUUUGGCAGCCGUGAAAGGAUUGCAAUAGUUAUUUACUGGGCAGUGUGUUUUCUGCUGAGUAUCUUCAUCAUAAUCUACCAAAUAUUGUCGAAAUCCCAAGCUACAAGUCCUACUAGAAAGAACUUUCACACGUUAGCCACACUUGUAUAUAUUCCUGGCAUGAUAUACGAUCCUUUGCUACUGUAUCUUGCCAGUGGUGUAUUGUUGAUACUACUUGUUGCUCUUGAGGUAAUCAGACUUCUCAAAGUCCCGCCAUUAGGAGAGAUUUUGCAGCAAGGAUUUAUUGCGUUUGCCGAUGAGAAGGAUUGUUUGCUUUCAUUAACACCUAUGUACCUGUUGUGUGGUUUAUCGUUACCUCUUUGGAUGCCAACUAAUAAUUUGACGCUAAUGGUAUUACUUAGCGGCGUACUGACGGUAGGGAUCGGUGACACUGCUGCGAGCUUCGUCGGUAACAGAUGGGGUUCGCACAAGUGGCUCGACACGGGGAAAACUAUCGAAGGCACCGUCGCAUGCAUAUUUUGCCAAGUUUGCGUAAUACUCGCGCUAACAUGCUGUGGUCUCGUGGAUAAUUACCUGCUACUGCUGAGAAGCAUCUUGGCGGCUGCAUCGAUAUCGUUGAUCGAGGCGCGCACAAAUCAAGUGGACAAUCUGGCUCUGCCGUUAUUGAUGUAUGUAUGUUUGAGGAUAUAAGCGCCUACUUUCCAACUCGAUGAUAACCCGUUAGCCUAAAUUCAUUUUUAAGAAAAUUUAUAGCAACUAUAGAUACAAUUACGAUAUUUGUGAUGUUUAAUCGCUUUUUCUAAUGCCAGUGAGAAUAUAUAUACAUGUAUAUAUGUAUGUAACUAAUAUACAGGGUGACUCUAAAAGACACUUUUCUCUAUAUUACUUAAUAACAAAAAAUUGUUAAGUGGGCGCCAACGAUUUGGCGCCUAUCUUUGGCCGCGCGCACCGGCUAAAGAUCGCUGCUGGUCCGUUCGGCUUUGCUUAACAAUUUUCUCUUACGGUUGACAACUUUUCGACUCAGCUUUUUUAAUAAGAAACAACGCUACGUAAUUUGCGGGCGGCCUUUCAGAGACCCUGUAUAUACAUGUAUAUAUGUAACUUAUACAGAAUGUAUAUAACAUUUUUUAUGCUGUUUCAUAGUAAAAAAUCGUACUUGGAUCGAUACAUCCAUCUGUAUUGUCUGCAAAGCUAAAGCUAACUUGCAGUUUUAGCGUUAAUUUACCCAUUUACGAAAGUGAUAUGUGUAAUUUUCUUAGAAAGACAAACAAAUAAAGAUACAGCUGUUAAUGCAAUUAUCUUUAUAUAUGAUGUUGUUAAGUGGUGAUAAUGUACAAAUAUUUAUACUUAUAACGGCGUAACACGUUAUAUAUUUUUCUGUAUAUAUCAAUAUAUAUAUAUAUAUAUGUGUAACAUAUACAACUUAUAUAUUUAUCCAAAGAAACGAAUCGUACAAUGUGUAAAACAAAUCGUAUCGAUAGAUGCAAUCAAUGUGAAUGCGAAGAUCGGUGAAGGCAGAGAUGUUGCGCAUUUAAAAUUUACUAACUUAUAUUUACUCACAAUCUGCGAAACACCGAUUAUGUGCCUGAUAUAUUUCAUUCAUUCCUGACUAAGCACUUUUGUAUGUGAGCCAUGUGAACUUUCCGAUAAUUACUAAUACGAAUAAAGAGUUAUUUUUCUAUUUUA